GAGGCUGAUCUACCCGCCCCUGACAACCAUCACAAACCCACACACAACAGCAGCAGCAGCUCACAUUCACUCAGCACGAACACAAACACGCUUUAAACCCGACUAACUCCGCUCAAACUCACCCGCGAUGAGGCACAGAACGCGACCCCGAUGACGUCACGGCGGCAGAAGUUCGUCUGAAGUGCUUUAUCUAAUGACUUUAACAGGUAGCUCGCACAUGUUCUGUGUCGACCAGUGACGGACAUGAACGGGAAAGGCUGCAAGCUGAUGGUUUCUCCGUCCGGUCCGGCUCAGGCUCCUCACCUGAGGGUCCAGACGGGUCACUCCUGUUCUCCAUCGCUCCAUCCCGACUCCACAUCCGGAAACCCGGCCCUUCUCCCCACACUGAGCCUCCGCCGACAGGUGCUGACCAAUAAGAAGCUGGGCUUUCCGCACUCCUCACAACAUCAAGCUCCGCCCCUUUCACUCCCAGCAUCCUCUUCCAAACAGUCAGCUCGACCCAGUUGCCCAGACAAUGGUACGAAAGGUUACUUGUCUUUGGGGACGAACAGAAGAGUGUUUGGGUCGUGUGGCGGUUCAAACCUGCAGGUGAUGAGCAACGCAAUGUUGGUCCAGAGUCUGGGUCCGGUUUCUCCACAGACUUCGGUCCAGAACGGCCCACAUCACUCACUCACGGUUCCCUUCGCCGACGCCAGGUCUUUGCUGUCCAGAGAGUCUUUGGCCUCGACGACCCUCAGCCUCGCAGAGACCCAGUCGAUCCGCAGCAGUAAACUGGACUGGCCCUACGCUUACCGCGUUCUUCCUCCUCUCGGGAUUCAGUCUUCAGAAGCAGCCGAUCCGCAUCUCAUUCCCGGAUCCGAGUCCGUCUCCAACCCCACGUCUCUCCCGCAUUAUCUCUUCAAGGAGGACAGCAACCGGUGCAAGAAGCGAGCGCUGUCCUUGUCUCCGCUCUCGGACGGCAUCGGCCUCGACCUCAACUCCAUCAUCAGAACCUCUCCCACAUCGUUAGUGGCGUACAUCAUCGGCUCCCGCACGUCGCCGGCCUCGCGUCCCACUCCUUCACCUCUGCAGACGGAUGUUUGCGGACACCUUCUGGGCAUCAGAGGCAGCUGCAUCCCUCAUCCCAAUCCCAACAAGUCAAUUCAGACCCCAACUGUCCAGCCGCUAGAAGACCAAUUCACCAAUCUAGCAGUGGAGCACCAACAGGAGAUGCAAACUCCUUCAAUACAGCUUCAGUUUGAGUUGUCUGCCGUUAUCAGGACGCCCAGCCCUCCUCGAGGUCCUCCUCCGCCCUACAACGCCCACAUUCAGAUCCCAGCGGCGUCUUCAAACAACCUCAGGGUCCUUCCGUCGACUCUGUGCCCGAUGCUGGAGGAGGACGAGGACGAGGACGUCAGCGGAGGACACUGCUGCUGCUGGAUGGACUGCGGCGCGGUUUACACCCAGCGAGAGGAGCUGGUCAAACACAUCGAGAAGAUCCACGUCGACCAGCGCAAGGGCGAGGACUUCACCUGCUUCUGGGCCGGGUGUCCUCGCAAACACAAGCCCUUCAACGCACGCUACAAGCUCCUCAUACACAUGAGGGUCCACUCCGGGGAGAAACCCAACAACUGCUCGUUUGAGGGCUGUCCGAAGGCGUUUUCCCGCUUGGAGAACCUGAAAAUCCAUCUGAGGAGCCACACGGGCGAGAAACCCUACGUGUGUCAACACCCCGGGUGUCAGAAGGCCUUCAGCAACUCCAGCGAUCGAGCCAAACACCAGCGAACACACGUCGACACGAAACCCUACGCCUGUCAGAUCCAGGGCUGCGCCAAACGCUACACAGACCCCAGCUCGCUGCGCAAACACGUCAAGUCACACUCCUUAAAGGAGCAACAAGCCCGGAAGAAGUUGAGACGCAGCACAGAUCUGAGUCAGGACGGACUCAGCGAGUGUUUGACCGUUCAGCCGCUGCAGCACAGCCUCCCACCACUGGACCUGAUUGAGACCAAGUGCCAGUCACCCAUUGAGGAUCUCUACACUGGGAUGACCCUAAACCAGCCCAGCCACACAAACACCCUGCAGAACGUGAUGCAGAUCCCAGGCGCUCCACAGACCCUCCAGACCCCCAUGCAGCUGCCGAGGCUUAGGGUUCCUGUGUCACAUCAGGUGUCCCCGGGCCCUUCAGCGCUCCUGUCAUCUCAUCACAUGCUGGACCACAACACUCACAAACUCUCCAGAUACCCCAGUCAUCUCAGGACAUCCCUCCCUGACAGUUUCUCUGCUGAUGCACAAACCGUGUUCUCAUACGGUAACACACCGCAGGCUGCCAAACACAUUACUCCUUGUUCCAUGAUGCAGAUGCCCAUGUUUGAGGACAAUCUGGGCUCCUCAGACGCGUCUCAGUCAGAGCUGGACCUGCUGCACACGACUCUGUCAGGCAUCGCUGCAGUGUUCGACUGCCAAACUGGACCUGAAGAGUUUUUGGGAGAGCAGGGGCCUUCGGUGCAGGAGGACAAUUACCUUCACAUCUGUAGCGUGGAGAGAAGCCCGAGCCGGAUCUCAUGCGUCUUUACUGAAGGGUGAACACACGCUCCCCUUCAGGGGAUCUCAUCCACCUGAGACGUUUUGGUCAACUCACCUGGGUUGAAUGUAUGAGUUUUUUUGAAGGAACUUCCUCAUGGACUCCUAAUGGAUUUUGUAUAGACUGUAUAAGCACAGAUGCCUGAAGUAUUUGGACUUUUAAGCCACGUUAAGCCUUCACCGGAUAAAAUAUUGAAGCAAGUGUCUUGUAUCUGUGCAACUCAAAUGCUGACGGAUCUUUUUUUGUUGUUGUUGUUGUUUUUUUUUUUUUCACACCACAAAACUCCAAACUAGACAAACUUAAUUUUGCCAAAUGUUUGUCUUAAAGGAAUCGUGUUGAAAAAAAAUCUCAACCUCCGGCCAUCCAAGAUCUGGAUGAGUUUGUUUCUUAGUCAGGUUUGGAGAAAAGUAGCAUUGCAUCAGUGUCUCAUCAAUGGAUGCUCUGCAGUGAAUGG